GCCUCUCUUUCCUCUGCAGGUUUACCGGAAGCGAAGGGGCCAUAUUGGUGCAGAGUUCUGUUUACUGCAGGUUUUGGUGACCAGGCUGCCGCUUUUUUGCAAGCAAGAUGCCGCGGAUUAUGAUUAAAGGAGGCGUUUGGCGCAACACCGAGGAUGAAAUACUUAAGGCAGCUGUUAUGAAAUAUGGCAAAAAUCAGUGGUCUCGAAUUGCAUCUCUGCUACACAGAAAGUCUGCCAAGCAAUGCAAGGCCCGCUGGUAUGAAUGGCUGGACCCAAGUAUUAAAAAGACAGAAUGGUCACGUGAAGAGGAAGAGAAACUGCUUCACUUGGCAAAACUGAUGCCGACUCAGUGGAGGACAAUUGCUCCCAUUAUCGGAAGAACAGCAGCCCAAUGUUUGGAGCACUAUGAAUUCCUUUUAGACAAAGCAGCCCAAAGAGACAAUGAAGAAGAUACAACAGAUGACCCUCGUAAACUUAAACCAGGAGAAAUUGAUCCCAAUCCAGAGACAAAACCAGCCAGGCCUGAUCCAGUUGACAUGGAUGAAGAUGAAUUGGAAAUGCUUUCUGAGGCAAGAGCUCGUCUUGCGAACACACAAGGGAAAAAAGCAAAGAGGAAGGCACGCGAGAAGCAGUUGGAAGAGGCAAGACGACUGGCAGCACUUCAGAAGAGAAGGGAGUUAAGGGCAGCCGGCAUUGAGAUACAAAAAAAGAGGAAAAAGAAGAGGGGCGUAGACUAUAAUGCUGAAAUCCCCUUUGAAAAAAAGCCAGCACAAGGUUUCUACGAUACUUCAAUGGAGAACUAUGAUGCCCUUGAGCCAGACUUCAAAAGGCUACGCCAGCAGCACCUUGAUGGAGAACUACGCUUUGAAAAGGAAGAAAGGGACCGGAAAAAGGAUAAGCUGAAGAUAAAAAAGAAAAAAGAAUCUGACCUUCCCUCUGCAAUUCUGCAGACUAGUGGUGUAUCUGAAUUCACUAAGAAAAGAAGUAAGCUGGUCCUCCCAGCACCACAGAUUUCAGACACUGAGCUGGAGGAAGUCGUAAAGCUUGGACAAGCCAGUGAAGUUGCUCGUCAGACAGCUGAAGAGUCAGGAAUCACCAAUUCAGCCUCCAGUGCUUUGUUAUCAGAGUAUAAUGUUGCAAACACAGCCAUGGCAUUACGUACACCCAAGACUCCUGCUGCCCAAGACCGGAUUCUCCAGGAGGCUCAGAAUCUAAUGGCUUUGACAAAUGUGGAUACACCACUGAAAGGUGGACUGAACACCCCCCUUCAUGAGAGUGACUUCUCGGGCGUUACCCCUCAGAGACAAAUUGUGCAGACUCCCAAUACUGUUUUAGCAACUCCUUUCAGGACGCCCACUCAUGGAGGAGAAGGUCUGACCCCUCGUGGAGGACUCACACCCAAGUCAGGUGUUGGCCUAACCCCUGGAAGAACUCCUCUACGUGACAAGCUCAAUAUAAAUUCUGAGGAAGGCUUGGCAGAUUACAAUGAUCCCUCUUUUGCGAAGCAUCUGGAAAAAGAAACUCGUGAACAUCUACGAAUGGGUUUGCUGAACUUGCCCACUCCGAAGAAUGACUUUGAAAUUGUACUGCCUGAAAAUGCAGAAAAGGAACUUGAAGAUCAUGAACCUAUUGAUGGUUUUGUAGAAGACGCAGCUGAUGUUGACGCACAGAAACAGGCAAUCAGAGAAGCAGAAAGAGAAAAAGAAUUGAAGCAAAGGCACACUCCAGUGCAAAGGAACUUGCCGAGGCCAUCAGAUGUCAAUGAGACCAUUUUGAGGCCAUUGAAUGUUGAGCCACCACUCACAGAAAUUCAGAAGGCAGAAGAGCUUGUGAAGAAAGAAAUUAUCACUAUGCUACACUUCGAUAAUCUUCACCACCCUUAUUUGGAUUCUGCUGGGAGGAAAUUGAAGGGGCCGGGAACUGGAGCCAACAAUGCUGAACAUAUUACAUACCUAGAUCACUGCCCCUAUGAAAAGUUUACUGAAGAUGAGCUCAGAAAGGCAAAUGAUCUGUUAAAAUUAGAAAUGGAGGUAGUGAAACACGGCAUGGGUCAUGGAGAUCUAUCUAUUGAAGCUUACAACCAGGUGUGGGAAGAGUGCUAUAGUCAAGUUUUAUACCUUCCCGGUCAGAGCCGCUAUACCCGUGCCAACCUUGCCAGCAAAAAAGACAGAAUUGAAUCCCUGGAAAAGAAACUUGAGAUCAACAGAGGACAUAUGACAACAGAAGCAAAAAGAGCAGCAAAAAUGGAGAAAAAAUUGAAGAUCUUGCUAGGAGGCUACCAGUCAAGAGCAAUGGGACUUAUCAAACAACUAAACGACCAGUGGGACCAAGUUGAGCAGGCCUACCUUGAGCUGCGUACCUUUGAGGAACUGAAAAACCACGAGGAUACUGCCAUUCCAAGGAGGCUGGAGGCACUGAGAGAAGAUGUACAGAGGCAGCAGGAGCGAGAGAAGGAGCUACAACAGAGAUAUGCAGACUUGCUUCUAGAGAAGGAGACCCUAACCAUUAAGUUUUAAAAAAGAGAGAAAUAAAUAAGAGACUUCAUGGUGCAUGAAUUCUACAUUUAUAGGUCCCAAAAUGAGGAUAUCUGUGAGCUAAGCUGUUUUCAAGGUGAACAAUCUUACCAUCUGCAGCUUGCACCGGUAAUUCAGAGUUUCCCCACACUGUAAUACAAUCACCUGUUUUAUUGUUGGAUGUUUUUAUUUUUUUUAUUUUUUAUUUUAGUCUUAUUUGGGUGAAUUAUUUUUUUAAAAUAAUAAAUGUGGGGUUUCAAUA